UCUGGAGUUGUCCUAGCCAAAGGAAGAUGGGCGAGUCCAGAAAACCGAGAUGCAUCUGAAACCCUGGGCUCCUGAGCCCCUCGGGGUAGCCAUGGACCCUAGCAGCCCCUGAAACUUGCCCUGGGCUCUCUCACGCCUGCAGCGCCAAGCAAUGGGACACCUUUCCUGCAGCGACCAUAACUUACUCGGCGGGGACCAGAGAACAGGGAUUGCACGGCGACAACAGACCGGAACGGAGGCAGGGGAGCAAAAUUCCGGGACUCGGUCGCGAUGCGCCAGCCUGGCACACUCUCCGAGAUUUAACUGAAGGCUGCGCGGUCAACCGCUUUCCCCUCGCCCCUGACCCCCUCAGGCCAGCCCAGAGCCAUAAAGCUUUGCUCUGUCUACCCAAGAUGCUCGCCCAAUCUAAAGGUCCGAGGCCAGCGCUCUGAUCUCCACAGAAGAAUUUUUCCCUUGCACGGAGCUGGCCGUUUAAACAGAAAAACAGGGGUAAAAAAAAAAAAAAAAAAAAGGAAAAUAUACCCACCCCCAAACGUGCCUCCCCAGCGCCGCAGGGAGCCAACAGACACGCUGGAGUUUAACAAACAGCAAUACUCUUCGCGCUCCUGAAAAGCGGGACUGGACGCUCUCCGUGGUGCUGAAACGCUACGCGGCCGCCGCUCUCCGUGGUACCUACAGCCUCCUCGCUCCAAUUUCCCCUGAGGCUCUCUCUCCGCACCCCUAUUCCUCACCUUCCCUUAACAUCUGGAUUAUUUUUCCAAUAGCUUUCGCUGGUUUUGUAAGUGCCAAUUUGAAACAUUUUUGCCCCCAUAACUCGUGGACUACAAAGCACAAGGACCUGAAAAAUGUACAGCUUCAAUACUCUUCGACUCUACCUUUGGGAGACCAUUGUAUUCUUCAGCCUUGCUGCCUCUAAGGAGGCUGAAGCUGCCCGCUCUGCGCCCAAGCCUAUGUCACCCUCGGAUUUCCUGGAUAAGCUGAUGGGCAGAACUUCUGGAUAUGAUGCCAGGAUCAGACCCAAUUUUAAAGGUCCUCCCGUGAACGUGAGCUGCAACAUUUUCAUCAACAGCUUCGGUUCCAUUGCUGAGACUACCAUGGACUAUAGGGUCAACAUCUUUCUGCGGCAGCAAUGGAAUGACCCCCGUCUGGCCUAUAAUGAAUACCCUGAUGACUCUCUGGACCUGGACCCAUCCAUGCUGGAUUCCAUCUGGAAACCCGAUCUGUUCUUUGCCAAUGAGAAGGGGGCCCACUUCCAUGAGAUCACCACAGACAACAAACUACUGAGAAUCUCCCGGAAUGGGAAUGUCCUCUACAGCAUCAGAAUCACUCUGACACUGGCCUGCCCCAUGGAUUUGAAGAAUUUCCCCAUGGACGUCCAGACCUGUAUCAUGCAACUGGAAAGCUUUGGAUACACCAUGAAUGACCUCAUCUUUGAGUGGCAGGAGCAGGGAGCCGUGCAGGUGGCAGAUGGACUGACCCUGCCCCAGUUUAUCCUGAAGGAAGAGAAGGACUUGAGAUACUGCACCAAGCAUUACAACACGGGUAAGUUCACCUGUAUUGAAGCCCGGUUCCACCUAGAACGUCAGAUGGGCUACUACCUGAUCCAGAUGUAUAUUCCCAGCCUGCUCAUCGUUAUCCUCUCUUGGAUAUCCUUUUGGAUAAACAUGGAUGCAGCACCAGCCCGUGUGGGCCUGGGCAUCACCACUGUGCUGACCAUGACCACUCAGAGCUCUGGCUCCAGAGCAUCCCUGCCCAAGGUAUCUUAUGUGAAAGCCAUUGACAUUUGGAUGGCAGUUUGCCUGCUCUUCGUGUUCUCAGCCCUGCUAGAGUAUGCUGCUGUCAACUUUGUGUCUCGGCAACACAAAGAGCUGCUCCGAUUCAGGAGGAAGCGGAGACAUCACAAGAGCCCCAUGUUGAAUCUGUUCCAGGAGGAUGAGGCAGGAGAGGGCCGCUUCAACUUUGCCUAUGGCAUGGGCCCAGCUUGUCUGCAGGGGAAGGAUGGCAUCUCAGUUAAAGGUGCCAACAACAACAACACCACCAACCCACCUCCUGCACCAUCCAAGUCCCCGGAGGAGAUGCGAAAACUCUUCAUCCAGAGGGCGAAGAAGAUCGACAAAAUAUCCCGCAUUGGCUUCCCUAUGGCCUUCCUCAUCUUCAACAUGUUCUACUGGAUCAUCUACAAAAUUGUCCGUAGAGAGGAUGUCCACAACCAGUGA